CUACGUCACAGGUAACGGGGCAGCUCGGUGCGGCUCACCGGACAGCAGUGACCGGAGCCGCGUCCUCCGCCCGCACGGUGAGCGCUCUCAGCCGGACGGGACAUGACAAAGGCUCCGGGCGGCGCUGCAGCGGCCGCGGCCUGAGAGAGCGCGUUCACCCGGGGACAGGCCGCCGCCUGCCCGCCUCCUCCUCUCCGUCUCCGCCUCCAUUUUGGAUGUCAGUGAUGGAGCACAUCCGGACUCCCAAGGUGGAAAACGUCCGUCUGCUGGACCGCUCGGCGGGUCAGAGGAAGUCCAGCGUGGGGACGCUCUACCUGUCCGCCACACACACCAUCUUCAUCGAGAACAACCCGGAAACGCGCAGAGAGACCUGGGUGCUGCACAGCAUGGUGAGCAGUGUGGAGCGGCCCCCUCCCUCCCCCGCAGGAAGCCAGCUGGUCAUUCGCUGUAAAGACUUCAGGGUUUUUCACAUCCUCAUCCAGCAGGAGAGAGACUGUGUGGACGUCCACGCCUCGCUGGCCAGGCUGUCCCGACCAGAGAAGUACAGUGAGCUGUACUGUCUGUCCUUCAACCCCAACGUGAACAAAGAGCAGAGGGAGGAGUCGUGGGCCUUCAUCGACCUGGCUGCCGACUACAGGAGGAUGGGCCUCCCCAACAACCUGUGGGUCGCCACGGCAGCCAACAGCGAGUACCGGGUGUGUGAAACGUACCCCUCAGAGCUUUUUGUCCCGAAGUCGGCCACGCCUGCCAUCAUCGUGGGAAGUUCAAAGUUCAGGAGCCGAGGAAGAUUUCCUGCUCUGUCCUACUUCCACCAGGACACACUGGCCGCGGUGUGUCGGUGCAGCCAGCCUCUGUCUGGGUUCAGCGGCCGCUGCCAGGAGGACGAGAUGAUGCUGCAGGCUGUGAUGAAGUCCAACCCCGGAAGUGAAUACAUCUAUGUGGUGGACACCCGGCCCAAGCUGAAUGCGAUGGCUAACAAAGCAGCAGGUAAAGGCUAUGAGAACGAGGACCACUACACCAACAUCAAGCUGCAGUUCAUCGGCAUCGAGAACAUCCACGUGAUGAGGAGCAGCCAGCAGAAGAUCGUCGACGUGGGAGAGCUGCGCUCUCCCUCCAUGACGGACUUCCUUUGGGGUCUGGAAAACUCCGGCUGGCUCAAACACAUUAAAGCUGUGCUGGACGCCGGAGCGUUCAUCGCCAGGGCAGUGGCUGAUGAAGGCGUCAGUGUGUUGGUUCAUUGCUCUGAUGGAUGGGACCGGACCGCGCAGGCCUGUUCUGUGUCCAGCGUUCUGCUGGAUCCGUACUACAGAACCAUCCGAGGAUUCAUGGUGCUGAUAGAGAAAGACUGGGUUUCUUUCGGACACAAGUUCUCCCACAGGUACGCCCACCUGGACGGAGACCCCAAAGAGGUGUCUCCCGUCAUGGACCAGUUCCUGGAGUGUGUGUGGCAGCUGUCGGAGCAGUUCCCCUGUGCCUUCCAGUUCAAUGAGCGCUUUCUCAUCGCCGUGCACACGCACGUGUACUCCUGCCAGUACGGCACCUUCCUGGGCAACUGCGAGAAGGAGCGGCGGGACUUGAGGUUGCGGGAGCUGACUCACUCAGUGUGGCCUCAGCUGUGGAAGGACCGAGCAGAGUUCAUGAACCCGCUCUACAAGGCCGAGCUGAGCCAGAGUCAAGGCGUCCUGAGACCCAAUACCACCCCCUACUGCUUCAAGAUGUGGAAGGGUCUCUACAACCACGUGGAGAAGUCGACGCCCCCUCGCCAGUCGCCCGCUGACUUCCUGUCCGCGGUGAGGGAGGAGUCGCAGCAGCUGGAGGAGGAGCUGACCAAUCACCAGGAGAGGAUUGCAGCUCUGAUCGGGAAGCCAAUCACGUGGGAGAAGGUGGAGGUGAAGAGGAGGAGGAGGAGGACUGACCUCCUGUGGCCGAGACACAGCGGGCCGGACCCGCCCACUGCCUGCACUGACCCCACCCCCUCCCCCCCCUCCGUCCACCAGGGACCGCCCGAUCACAGGCCUCACACCAAGGAGGACCCCGCCCUCACCCUGCCCAUAGGGCAACAUGCCCCGCACAAAGGUCACGACCCCGAUGACCUCUCGGCCUGCAGCGACCUGGAGUCGGGCGUGGCCGACCUGAGCAGCCGCUCGUCCAGCGGAGACCCGGAGCCGGAGGGGGUCUGAACCCUGUGACCCAGCGAGUUCCACUACGAACCGGUGUGUGACUCCCGUCUGAGGAGAAAGGGAGAUUUUUUUAAACCACAAUUUUGGAUUUUAUU